AUGGAGAAAAGAUUUCACAAAUGGAGAUUGGCUUUAGCAGUUGGUGGUGCAUUUCUCUCUUCAGCUUUGAAUGUUCUCUUUGAUAGGCUUGCUCCUCAGGGUGAUCUUCUCAACAUGUUUCAGAAGCAUAAGCAUCACGUUCGGCUCUUAAAGAAGCUGAAAAUGACUUUGCGUGGUUUUCAGAUUGUGCUAAGUGAUGCAGAGAAUAAGCAAGUAUCCAAUCCAUCUGUGAGCGUCUGGCUUAAUGAGCUUGGGGAUGCUGUGGACUCUGCUGAAAACUUAAUAGAAGAAGUCAAUUAUGAAGCUUUGAGACUUAAGGUGGAAGGUCAGCAUCAGAAUUUUGCAGAAACAAGCAACCAGCAGGUAAGUGACCUCAAUCUGCGCUUGAGCGAUGAAUUUUUCCAUAACAUAAAGGACAAGUUGGAAGACACUAUUGAAACAUUGGAGGUGUUGGAAAAGCAAAUUGGUCGUCUUGGCUUAAAGGAGCAUUUUGGUUCGACUAAACAAGAAACUAGAACACCUUCAACUUCUGUGGUUGAUGAUUCUGAUAUCUUUGGUAUUAUUGGGAUUGUAUUAUAUUUGGUAUUAUUGGGAUUGUUGAAAGGCAAAAAGAUUGUAAUUUAUUCAACUCCAAAAUCUCAUAAGCUUUACAUUUUUCUACUUUAUGGUAAUCAAAAUCCAAAUUUCACUAUGCCUCUUUUUGACAUAAACAAGAUAAAGAUUUAG